AAGACCUGAAGAAAAGAAUGACAGUGUUGGUUCAAAAAAGGAAAUCCACUCAAUAACCUCAGAAGAAAGAAAAAUAAAUGAAAUAAAAUGCCUAGACUGGUUAUUAAAUUUAUUGGAAUACAAGCUAAAGGAAAAGAAGUUAGUAAAGAAACAAAAAAACAAGACACAAGAAAAAAAAGGAUACAAUGGGUGGAGCCAGAAUAACGAAAGCUUUGAAUACUACCAUAAGUUAUUAGAAGAAAUGCCGUGGGACUACGAAAGCAAAUUGGAAUGGUUAGACAAAAAUAAAGAGCUGUGGUGUGAUAGUGAAAUAGGAAAAACAAGUGAAUCAGAAGAUCUUGAAUACAUAAACGAACCAGAGGAUUUGGUUGGAAGUGAAUUAACCUACAAAGGAGAUUCCGACAAAAAUAAAGACCUGGAAGAAUAUUUUAGGCAAGAAAAAGAAUACAAAGAAUUAUUAGAAUCGCUAACCAUCGAAUCCAGAAGAGAAUAUACCUGGUUAGAACAAAAUGGCUAUCAAAGACAAUCCGAAAGAAGUUAUGGCAUAGAAAAAGAACCACCUAACUUAGAAGAUAUUUACCAAAUAAGCUUACCAACUUGGGGGAACGACGAAUUCGAAAUAG